AUGAGGGAGGAAGCCUCUGACGUCCUGCUGAACAAGAAGGAGCGCCGCAGAAACAGCAUCAACAGGAACUUUGUGGGCGACUACAUCGGGACGGACAACCAUCCAGAGAUCAGACAGUUUGUUGGCCGCCGAGAGAGGAUCGACUUUGCCGACGUCGUGGUGAAAUUUGACCGAAGAUUCAAGACAGUGAAGCGUGACCUUAUCCUGACCCCGAAAUGCCUGUACAUGAUUGGUCGAGAGAAGGUGAAGCAGGGUCCAGAUAAAGGCCAGAUCCAGGAGGUUCUCAAGAGGAAGAUUGAGCUCAACAAGAUCCAGUCUGUUUCCCUGAGCACUCUGCAGGACGACUUCUUCAUCAUCCAUGAGGAGGAGUACGACAGCGUUCUGCAGAGCGUCUUUAAAACAGAGUUUCUCAGUCUGCUCGUCAAACGUUACCAAGAGAAAACGCAGAAGAAGCUGCCGCUCAAAUUCAACAACCUGCUGGAGUUUAAGGUGAAGAAGGGCGGCUGGGGUCCUUUCAGCUCCUCUGGGUCCAGACAGGUCCAGUUCCAGAUGGGUCAGGGGGACGAGGCGGUCCUGAAGCCCAGCGGAAAGACCCUGCAGGUCUCCAUCGGACCGGGUCUGCCCAAAAACUCCAGACCAACGAGGACGGACAAACGCAAGAGUCGCUACAUGGGUAACCGGGCUCCGCCUACCAGCCAGCACAACUCAGCUCCUCGCUCCAGAGGGGGAGGAGCUCCCAGAGGGGGAGGAGCUCCCAGAGGGGGAGGAGCUCCCAGAGGGGCCCCUGCCUCCGGCAGAUUCUCCCUGAUGAGGCAGCAGUCUAGCAUGGAACAGCCCAGUCUACCCCGCCUCCAGAGUCAGCGCCGACAUGACACCCCACCCCUCCAGCAACAGGACAUGGGCUUCAUGGACGUCCCCGAUCAGGGCGCCGCUGGGCUGCAGAGACGGCGGUCAAAGGAGGUGAAGCCUCUUCCUGGUGCAGGUAGACCCGUGCCGGCUCCCAAACCGAAGCCUCGGUCUCCACAGUGCAAAGCUCUGUACGCUUACGACGCCCAGGACACCGAUGAGCUCAGCUUCAAUGCUAACGACGUCAUUGAGAUACUCACUGAAGACCCGUCCGGCUGGUGGUUCGGUCGGUUGCGAGGCAGAGAGGGGAUGUUUCCCGGAAACUACGUGGAGAAGAUUUAG